AAUGGGACCUUUUUUAUCUUGAUCGUUUAGUUCACUUGGCCGGAAUUCUUGGGUUCCAGUGAGGUCAACGUGGAGGACUUCUGGGCCACGAUGGAAACAGAGGUGAUUGAGCAGGUAGCGUUUCCUGCCAGCAUCCCCAUCACCAAGUUUGACGCCUCCGUUAUUGCCCCCUUCUUCCCGCCACUCAUGAGAGGAGCUGUGGUCGUCAACACAGAGAAAGAUAAAAGCCUGGAUGUGCGACCAGUCCCUGGCAAUGGCAGUGCCUUAGUGAGGCUGCUCCAGGAAGGCGCCUGCAGGCUUGAAGAUAUUGGCUCCUACAGUGCGGAGGAGCUGCGGCAGCUGCUGCGGCAGUGCGACAUCCCCUUUGGGGUGGAAGACUCGAAGGACCAGCUCUCUUUCUCCUUAUUGGCCCUCUAUGAAUCUGUACAGAAUGGAGCCAGAGCUAGACAGCCGCCACCUCAGUUCACCGGGGGUAAAAUCUACAAGGUGUGCCCCCACCAGGUGGUCUGCGGCUCCAAGUACCUCGUGCGGGCUGAGAGUGCCCGCGAUCAUGUGGAUCUCCUUGCCUCCUCCCGCCACUGGCCACCCAUCUACGUGGUCGAUAUGGCCACACCAGUGGCCCUGUGUGCUGACCUUUCAUACCCAGAGCUGACCAGCCAGAUGUGGGGAAGGAACCAAGGCUGUUUCUCUAGCCCCAUGGAGCCACCUGUGAGCGUGUCCUGCCCGGAACUCCUGGACCAGCGGUAUGCAGUGGACAUGACAGAGGCUGAGCACUCAGUCCAGCACCCGGUCACCAGGACUGCUGCACGGCGCAUCCUUCACGCAGGCACACAGCCCACUCCUGGGGACCCCAGCGCUGGGCACCACUCCUUGACCCUGUGCCCUGAACUGGCACCCUACACAGCCAUCCUGGCCUCCAUGGUGGACAGCAAACCCACCAGUGUCCGCCAGCGGCCCAUUGCCUUCGACAACGCCACCCACUAUUACCUCUACAACCGCCUCGUGGACUUCCUCACCAGCCGCGAGAUCGUCAACCGGCAGAUCCACGACAUCGUGCAGAGCUGCCAGCCCGGCGAGGUGGUCAUCCGCGACACCCUCUACCGCCUCGGGGUCGCACAGAUCAAGACAGAGACGGAGGAGGAGGACGAGGACGUGGCAGCAGCAGAGUGAGCCCGGCUGUGGGACAGAAACUGCACCAUCUUGCUCAAGCCAUACCUAGGAAACCCCUGGCCUAAGGCUCGUGUGUCUGAGGGACUGGCCGAGGUGGGCUCUGGGGGGAGUACCUGUUGACUGCUGGGACUGACCAAAGAGCUUCCAUUUUCUUAGCACGGAGGGACCCGGGGUCCUCGGUUCCUCACCCUCCGCAGGUUGGCGGGGAUGCCGAGAACUCCCUCCUUGGCUCCAGGGGCACUUGGGGACGUUAUGUGUGUAAUGGAGGGAGGAUGGCUGAGGCAAAGGCUGUAGCAGGGAGUCUGCCUGGGGCGAGGGGCUGCAGCCACCACCUUGGGGCAAGUGGGCCCUUGAGGCUCUUGAUUCCCCCGGAUGGAGGAGUGCUUGCCCCUCCGGGACCUGAGGAGGAUAGGCCGGCCCCUGCACCCCACUGUCUCUGGGCCCUCACCUCAGGGGGAUGUGGCCCGGGGUCACCAUCCGCCCUGACAGCACUAGGAAAAACUCCCUUCUGUGAAGGGGACGCAGCCUGGGCCAUAAGGAAACGGCGGGCCUGGCUCAAGGGGCCCAGGUCUGGCUCGGGCCCUGGCAUUGGCUGAGUGUUAUUUAAUUUAUUGAGGGGAGUGGAGGCAGUGGCUUUUUCCCCCUCUCUGCCCCGGUAAGAAUAAACUUUAUUAAACCACAA